AUGGCUGCUGGGAAACAAGUCGAGGAAAACAGUCAAAACAAAAGAGGUACAGUGUCCAGCAUGGUGAUGAAUCAAGAGGAAUCACCGGGCGACUCUCGAGCAGGACGACCGCCCGUCAUCUUCAACCCAGACUUCUUUGUGGAGAAGCUCCGGCACGAGAGCCCGGAGGUGUUCCUGGAGCUGGUGCUCAGUAACAUCACUCGCCUCAUCGACCUUCCUGGGACCGAGUUCUCCCAGCUCCUCGGCGAGGAGAGUCCCAAGACCCCGACGGGGGGGAACGGAGGCUUCUUCCGCUCUUUCAACUUCCUCAAACGCAAAGAUAAGGACGUUGUGUUUGGAACCCCGUUGACAGAAAGCUGCAUCGCUCAGAUCUACCAGCUCAUUGAGUACCUCAGCAAAAACCUGCAGGUGGAGGGUCUGUUCCGGGUGCCGGGGAACAGCGUGCGGCAGCAGACCCUCAAGGAGCUUCUGAACAGCGGCGCCGAUGUGGACCUGGCGUCUGGAGACUUCCACCCCAACGACGUGGCCACGCUGCUCAAGACUUUCCUGGGAGAGCUGCCCGAGCCGCUGCUCACACACCGACACUUCCACGCACACCUUAAGAUAGCUGACAUGACUCUGUUUGACGAGCAAGGCAACAAGACGGAGGCGCCCAACAAGGAGCGUCAGAUCGAGGCGCUGCAGCUUCUCUUCCUGCUGCUGCCUCAGGCCAACCGCUCGCUGCUCAAGCUGCUGCUGGACCUGCUGUACUACACAGCCAAGCAGCAGGACAAGAACAAGAUGUCCGCCUUCAACCUGGCCCUCAUGUUCGCGCCGCACGUCCUGUGGCCCAGACACAUGACGGCCGGGGACCUGAAAGACAACCUGAAGACACUGAACAGCAGCAUGGCGUUCCUCAUCAAACACUCACAGAAGCUCUUCAGGGCUCCAGUUUACCUGAGGGAUUAUGCCAGAGUUCACUUCGCUGGGACCAAGGCUCUGCAGACCAAGGACGAUCUGGAGCUGCUGGCGGCGAGCAGCUCUCCGGCCCGGCGUGCCGUGUGUCCCCUGAAGAGGACGGCUGCUCCGGAGACCUGCCAGUCCCCGGCUCAGCAGUACACAGAGGACGCCCUGAAGGACCUCUUCAGACACGUCCACCACAACAUGCCGGACUCCGCCAAGAAAAAGAAACUCGUCCGACAGUUGGUCAAACAGACGACUUCAGAGACGCCGACCAACGAGCCCCAGCAGGCGGCGCCAGCUCCCGGCAAGAAACACCCCCGCUCGCGGUCGUUCGGCGGCCUCAUCAAGCGUAAAGCUCGAGCGGAGCAGCUGACGUCCGACAGGCGGGUCCGACACAUCUCCCCCGAGGCCUUCAACAGGCCUGGAAGGAAAGCUGGGAAAGAGAACGUCAUCCUCCAAGGGGUGAACAGUCCCUUAACUGGUCCUGUGCUGGGGAAGGUGGGACUGGUGGUGAAAAACCCAGACUUUACUUUUACAGAGAACAAGGCUCUGAAGGUUUCCAAGGCCACUCCCCCCCUUGUGACCAGGAUGUGUUUCUCUCCUGCUCAGGAGAUCUCUGUGUAA